UGGAACUACCGUAUUCUACUACAUUGUCUCAUUUUAUUUUCUAUUUUUUAACAUCAACUAUAUAAUAUUUUAUCAUGAAUUGAUUUUAUCGUAUUUGUAAAAUUUCUUAAGUAUGAAGAAAAUAUGACUACAAAUAAAACAAUACCUGUUUGUUUUGGUGGACCAAGACAAACUGUAAUUAUACCAAUAGUCAUUGCUAUGAUUGUAAACAAGAUAAAUGCACAUACUGCUUUAUAA